GAAACAGCGAACCUGCAGCUUCGACGACGUCCCUCCAAGAAUCUCAUGAGCGGUUCUUGACGAGCCUUUGCGCCGCUCGUUCCUCUUUCAAUCCUCGGCCACCGCUCCAGUGACGCGAUCACUCAAAGGGCGUGGUGAAUAUACCGCAUGCUCUUAGCAGCAAACCUGCAGUGCUUUUACUCGUCAGUCAGUCAGAGCCACCACCGCGUUUGCUCGUAUUCUAUUGAGAGCCGCCUCGUUUGCUCCGCUUCUGAAAGCAAGCCUGCUCGAAACAUUCCUCCUGUAGUAACGCCUCGCCUCGUAUCAUCCCUCUGUUAUCUCCCUGUCAUCUCCCUGUCAUCUCCCUGUUAUCUCCCUGUCAUGGCGCCGCUCCGAGCAACGAUCUCCUACCACUGCCACUGGCAGUGCGUGUUCAUUUGUGAGCGUCCGUCCAUCCAGCCGUUGACGCCCCUGGCAAGUGCACUCAUGGCUCCGCCGCCCGUCCAGAGCAGCCCAAGUGGAAGUACUGACCAAUGCUCGCCCUGCCCUGGCUCGCUGCUGCUGUGCUCUGUGCAGGCGCAGCGCUCGUCGCAGCAGGUGCAGCGUCUGCACCAAGAUCCGAUCCAGAGUCCCCUCCGGUGGAUCCCUCAUCGUCUCCCCCGUCUCCCCUGACGUCUCCCCCGACAUCUCCACCAACUCCUCCCCCAACUUCUCCCUCGACGUCUCCCUCGACGUCUCCCCUGACGUCCCUUUCAACUUUCCCCCCGAAGUCCCUCUUCGCGUCCCUGGCAGCGGCCCUCCCACACAGCCUCUCUGGCAUCGCCUUCACUCACGGCUGGCCCGUGGUGAAGGGCAAGGUGUUCGUGUGCUAUGUGGCCAAGCUGCGUCCCACCCGCAGCAACGGGAAAGUGGUUGGAGACCGAGGAGCAACCGGGAAAGCCUGGGUUAAGGGAGUGAAGGCCGUGGAUGGAAGCUUCCUUGUGAUGAAAGUACGCGUUGACAACAUCCGUCCGGAGGGGAGUCUGCCUCAAGUGCGUGUCCAUUCCUCAUGCCUGGAGGGUAUGUUACGACAAGGAGUACGGGAAUAGUGACCCAUAUCAGAGGAUUGCAGGCAACCGGGGUCAUCUGGUCAACCGUUACAGCUUCAUUGCCGGGACGAAAUUUGGCCCCGCGACUAUGGCCAGACGCAGCAAGGUAUCCAGUACUAUGUUUCUCUCUUAGGCAACGAUCUGUUUGUUGCGUCUCAUCAAAACAACAACUUUUCACUCUGCGGGAAGCUGAGGAAGAAGCGCUGAAGUUUCAUUCCAGUGUUGGGGAAUUGGAGCAUUUGCACUCAACUUUUCAACCUCGGAAGAUUGUCUCAGGCGUGCCACGGUUCUGUUAGAGGAAGCCGGUUUGGGGGUGUAUCAUGGCAAAGGAUGGGGACUCACAAGUGACGCCAGCAGGGAGGGUGGGUGAGGGGGGGGAGAGGUAGCCGGUUUUGGGGAAGAGCUGACUGGAGUGAGUCGGGUCGGGACAGGAGUGCACUAGGGCAUGCAAAAACGUUCUUGAAAAUUGGGGUGCAGCAUUCGUCCGAUCGAAACCAUGGGCUGCAAGUCAUGUGUGUGCAGGGUAGCUCAGCCUUAGAACACCUUGACCGAGUGCUUUUUCUUCGCUACUCUUGUUAGUUACCGUGUUAUGUGAAUUGGUUAGUAGUUCUGAUAUUUUACAGUACGACACCA